AUGUCGAGACAGCACGCCAAGACAACAUUAUCACUAUUGGACCGUCGGGGGGAGCAAGAACUAAUACGGAAACGACGGCACAAUCUCUUCAAGAGAUUGACAGAGUUUAAUGACCGUUAUGGAAUUGACAUAUGGAUGGCAAUGCGAAUGCCAAGCGGGCGAAUCCAUACCUUUACUACAGAGGAAGAAGCAGUGUGGCCAAAGGAGAUCGAUGCUGACCAAGAACUGCGUUUCACCGCUGAUAUGUCUUUGCAGAGAAUCCAAGGCUUGCCUAUUACCCGGAAAACCCCUGCAGAUUACAUUGCCAAGCGGACAGCGAAAAAAAGUAGCAAGCGCAUAAUUUCUGGUCAAGCGCAACAGAGAGAUGAAUGUCUCACUACUUCUUGUGAGACCCAAGAGACCUCUAAACGUUGCGUGCGAGAAGCAAACAGCAAUCAGCAUACGCCCCGGGAAGACCAAGGCGCUUUGGGCGCAGCGGUGCAACUUGGUCAGGAUGCUCCACUGAAUUGGAAGUUCCGUGAUUUACUAUCGUUCAUCGCAAGUGUGGGAAUCUAG